AUGCCCGCCAUCCGGCACGCCUCGAAGCGCAAAGCUCCCCCCGCCGGCUUCAGCGACAUCGAAGACUCCCUCCUCGUCUUCGCCAACAAGAUGAAAGACGCCGAGAACGCGCCCACAACCGCAGCACCGAAGCACCAGGCGCUCUGGCCCAUCUUCCAGGUCUCGCAUCAGAGGAGCAGGUAUGUGUGGGAGCUAUAUAAGCAGGAGAAGAUUAGCAAGCAGCUGUAUGAGUGGUUGUGUAAGAAUGGGUAUGCGGAUGCGAUGUUGAUCGCGAAGUGGAAGAAGGAUAGUUAUGCCAAGUCCUCCUAUCGUGACAACCUCUCAAGGUUCAAAUCACAACCAGUGCAGCGCCCCUCAUCCCCUUUUGACAAGAUCUCUACCACUGCCCCGUCAACCCCAGUUCGUCCAACCUCUCCCUUCUCCCCCGCAGAUAUUCAGCAUACACCUCCUUUGGCAACUCCUCAUCAGCACUCGCGGAUUCCCACCACGGGUCCAGGAUUCAGAUUCGAUUUUCUUCAGCCUCUCCAACUCCUUUUCGUCAAACAGUGCCGCGUACCCCCCAUCCUCGCUUUCCAGCGGCGGACCACCGACCUCGGCGUCGAGCUGGCGAUCAAUGAAACCACAGAUCCUAGAGAGGUGAACAAGCAUAUCCUCCGUGCUGUUAUUCAGACACACGAGGGACAGGCGAUGCGCAUACAGGCUAUCGCGCCGGCGAUGUCGUGGUCUAUUAUCGACAUAUGCACCGAAUGGGCGGUGCCCCUUCGGACUACUCAGGCUUUCUUUUAA